UACUGGCCCAUGCAACCAUUAAGUCAGUCAGCAGUUCGAUCCGCUUGAAUUCUGGUGCCGGGCCGCAGAAGCAUCUCCACCGAUGAAACACCUUUUCCUGGCAGUGAUUGCUGCCACUCUGCAUCUGGUCCCGGCGCAGGACCCAUGCAUCCCCGGCGUAACCUGCGCUGCGUUCAACUGCACCACAGACAGUCGGUGCCCGGCAACGAAUCCACCGCAGGGACCGGUUUUGCUCCCCCACACGGACUGUGCCAAAUUCUACAAGUGUUCUAACGGCCAAGCGUGCGUGUACGACUGUCCGGCAAAUUUGCACUUCAAUCGCGUGGAUAAUGCUUGCGAUUGGCCGGAAAGAGCAUGCUGCGAUCGGCCGUGCUUGCCUGCAGAUCCUUGCGUUCCCGGCGUGACUUGUCCACCGUCCGAUCUACCGACGGUUCCAACACCAGCACCACCGACGGUUCCCACACCAGCACCACCGACCGUCCCAACACCAGCGCCACCAACCGUCCCGACACCAGCGCCACCAACCGUCCCAACACCAGCGCCACCGGGAACCUGCAUCGAGGAUACGGUGCGCUGUAAUCCCUUCGAAGAUCCAAACAAUCCGACCGUUUUGCCGCAUGAAACCGACUGUACGCUAUUCUACAAGUGUGACCUCGGCCGACGGUGCUUGCUGAGCUGCCCAGCUGGACAACACUUCUGGGCUGCCGGAGGAGUGUGCGAACGGCCCGAGCAGGCUUGUUGCGAUCAAACGCUGUGCAGCCCGAGCGAAUGUGUGAACGAUGCACGCUGUCCGCUGUUUGAGGAUCCCUUCUUCCCGACCAUGUUCCCGCACGAAACCAAUUGCUCCAGGUUUUACAUGUGUGACCUUGGCAGACGCUGCCCGCGCGAAUGCGGUGCCGGUACACAUUUCAGCCGUGAAACGCAGCGAUGCGAAGCGGUUGAUGAGGCGUGCUGUGACCCAGCCAUACCUUGCCGUGGGCCGACCGUCAGCAUCUGCACUCCCGAUGCCCGGUGCCCGGUGCUCGACAAUCCCUUCGAUCCGACUGUGCUGAGCCAUUCCACCAACUGUUCGCUGUUCUACAAGUGCGACAACGGCCUAGCCUGCCAGCUAGAGUGUCCUCCAGGACAGCACUUCCGACAGGAGACGCCUACGACGGGAUACUGUGACUGGCCGGACAGAGCGUGCUGCAAUCCGGCCUUGUGUACGGCACCGACGCCAGCCUGUAUACCGGACAGCCGCUGCCCGCUGUUUGAUGAUCCGAACAAUCCGCUGCUACUAAAACACAGCACCUCUUGCGCCAGGUUUUACAAAUGUUCCGCCGGCCAAGCCUGUGAUCUAGCGUGUGAAGCUGGCCACUUUAGUGAGGCGCUGCAGCGCUGUGAACGACCCGAAAUUGCCUGCUGCGAUCCUUCCGUCACGUGUGUAAAUACACCUGCUCCUACUCCGAUCCCAACGCCGGUUCCUACGCCGGCUCCAACUCCAGCUCCUACACCGGCUCCUACACUAGCUCCUACCCCAGCUCCUACUCCAGCUCCGACCCCAGCUCCGACCCCAGCUCCGACCCCAGCUCCCACUCCAGCUCCUACCCCAGCUCCUACUCCAGCUCCAACCCCUGGUCCUAGCGAUCCUUGCAUCCCUGGAGUCACCUGUCCGCCUAGCGAUGUCGGUAACUGCGUGCUCGACAGUAGAUGUACGGCUGCCAAUGGACCGACACCGACGUAUCUACCUCAUAGCCUGUGCACCAUGUUCUACCAGUGUUCUAAUGGCAGAGCAUGCGAACAUAACUGUCCUGCUGGUUUGCAUUUCAACGCAGCGUUGAGCGUGUGCGAUUGGCCAGAGAAUGCAUGCUGCGAUCCUAACGUCACUUGCAACAAUCCGUGUAUUCCUGGAGUUACCUGUCCACCAACAGGUCCAACACCAGCUCCAACUCCGGCCCCCACUCCAGCUCCAACGCCAGCUCCAACUCCAGCUCCGACCCCAGCUCCUACUCCAGCUCCUACUCCAGCUCCUACCCCAGCUCCUACCCCAGCUCCAACACCAGCACCAACACCAGCGCCGACCCCUGCUCCUACCCCUGGCGAUCCUUGCAUUCCUGGAGUCACCUGUCCACCAAGCGAUGCAGGCAAUUGUGUAUUCAACACAGAAUGCCCGUCUAGGAAUGGUCUUACACCAACGCUUCUACCCCAUCCUUCAACCUGCACAAUGUUCUACAAGUGCAACAAUGGAUAUGCCUGUGAGCACAACUGUCCUACUGGAUUACACUUCAACAAGGCGCUUAGUGUGUGCGAUUGGCCAGAGAAUGCCUGCUGCGAUCCUAACGUAGUAUGCUACAAUCCGUGUAUUCCUGGAGUCACAUGUCCUCCAACUGGACCAACUCCAGCCCCAACACCGAUCCCUACACCGGCCCCUACGCCGGCUCCUACGCCGGCUCCUACCCCAGCCCCUACACCGGCUCCUACCCCAGCUCCUACUCCAGCUCCUACCCCAGCUCCUACUCCUGCGCCCACUCCAGCUCCUACUCCGGCACCAACACCGGCACCGACCCCCGCUCCUACCCCUGGCCCAAGUGAUCCUUGCAUUCCUGGCGUCACCUGUCCACCGAGCGAUGCGGGCAACUGCUUUGCCGAUAGUAACUGUCCAACAAGAAAUGGAGUUACGCCCAAGCUUCUACCACAUCCGUCCUGCGAAAUGUUCUACAAGUGCAACAACGGAUUUGCUUGCGAGCACUACUGUCCGGCGGGUUUGCACUUCAACGAAGCGCUGAGCGUGUGCGAUUGGCCAGAGAACGCCUGCUGUGAUCCAACCAUAGUUUGCUAUAAUCCGUGUAUUCCUGGAGUCACAUGUCCUCCAACUGGACCAACGCCGGCUCCUACCCCAGCUCCUACACCAGCUCCUACUCCAGCUCCUACCCCAGCACCAACUCCUGCUCCUACUCCAGCACCUACUCCCGCACCCACUCCGGCUCCUACCCCAGCUCCUACUCCAGCUCCUACCCCAGCUCCUACUCCUGCGCCCACUCCAGCUCCUACUCCGGCACCAACACCGGCACCGACCCCCGCUCCUACCCCUGGCCCAAGUGAUCCUUGCAUUCCUGGCGUCACCUGUCCACCGAGCGAUGCGGGCAACUGCUUUGCCGAUAGUAACUGUCCAACAAGAAAUGGAGUUACGCCCAAGCUUCUACCACAUCCGUCCUGCGAAAUGUUCUACAAGUGCAACAACGGAUUUGCUUGCGAGCACUACUGUCCGGCGGGUUUGCACUUCAACGAAGCGCUGAGCGUGUGCGAUUGGCCAUCGAGUGCCUGCUGUGAUGCAACCGUACCCUGUGAUCCUCCACCAUGCAUUCCUGGUGUCACUUGUCCGCCAAGUGGUCCAACGCCAGCCCCACCAACGCUUCCACCACCGACGCUUCCACCGCCAGUAACACCCACGGUCGGUCCGACACCUUCCGAUCCCUGCAUUCCCGGUGUGACCUGCGAGCCGACCAACUGUCACAACGAUAUGCGCUGCCCGGCACUGGACGGCACGAAGCCGACACUCUUUGCCCACGCGGAUUGCGACAAGUUCUACAAGUGCGCCAACCGGAAGGCCUGCGAGCACUCCUGCCCGCCGGGGCUCCAUUUCAACGCGAAGCUGUUUGUGUGCGACUGGCCGGGAAGUGCCUGCUGCGAUCCAACGGUUCUCUGCGAUCCGCCCUGCAUUCCGGGCAUCACGUGCAGCAGAGCGUUCCGGAUCUAGCCCGAGAAAGGACGGAUGUGAGGCCCCUGCCCCGAGAUAGACACAUGCACCGCCUAUGACACACGGAUUCGAAUGCUUAGCCUGUACUUCAUUAGAUAUAAGUGGUUGUACACCUACACUACCGCUUAUGAGUAUGAGAGUUCUACCCGUCUGAUGCCAAUCAACCCCAUAUGGCCAGCAGAUGCAAGGGCCAACUUUCGGGGGCGCCCAGACAGCGGCGAACAAAUCUCUCAUUUAGAAAAGCGUAUUUAUUCACCUGUAUUAGUCGUUAUACUUUGUGCUAGCAAUCCUGGACAAAUGCACCACGCAUUCAGCAGCAUUGCACCAAAAACUAACCAACCCUUACCAUGAUUAUAUGCGAAUACUAACCCACACAUAUGGAUACAUAUAUGCUUAUUUACACACAUCUGCAUGCAAAACUUCAAA